AUGCCGGCGCGCCCUCGAACGUGCGUCCCGCUACCUGCCGGGCUGUUGAAACUGCAUGACAAUUCGUUCUUGACUACCGCAUAUGGCGGCGACAAGAAUCCAUUGGCGUUGAUCGUCAUCAACGGCAUAGGGCUUAUCUCGUGUUUCGACCACUUGUGGGAGAAAGCACGGUUCACAUUGUGUGCCGACGGCGGCGCCAACAAACUCUACGACUACAUCAAGAGAGACAGUGUUGCAUCAGCGAAGAACUUCGUCCCUCAGUACAUCAAGGGAGACUUGGACUCCAUUCGUCCAGAAGUUGCGUCGUACUUUCAGCUCCACGGCGCACAAGUGAUCCAGGACCCGGACCAAGAAUCAAACGAUUUGGACAAGUGCUUGACGUUGCUGCAGGCCCUCCAAGGGGACCUUGCCUCGAACGACCAAGGAGAACCCAUUAAAUUGAACGUUCUUGUUGUCGGUGCGAUGGGGGGACGCUUCGACCAAGAAAUGCAGAACGUGAACGCGCUCUUUCAAUGGCAACGAUUCCGUCCACAAAGAUUCGCCAAAUCUAAUCCUUUGUUUAUGGCUAGGUCGUCCAUCUUCCAUCGCAUGACAUUAGUUUCAGACAGCACUUCUGCAGUGCUUUUAGCCCCAGGAAAGCACUGCAUUCGCCCGAAUUUUGACGUGGAAGGCCGCAAGUGUGGUUUGAUCCCGAUCGGCGGGUCAUGCGAACGACUGACAACACACGGCCUCAAGUGGAACCUGACAAACCACAGCACUGUCUUUGGUGGCCUCGUCAGCACAUCGAACCAUGUCUUGGAUCACGAGGUGCAUGUUGAGACGUCCGACCCGCUCAUUUGGACCACCGAACUCGUCUCAUAA